AUGACAUUAGAUAAGUUUGCAUCGCCAUCACAUCAAUUACUCGAGUUCAAUAACUUGACACUACAAAACUUGUUGGACCAGUUUUCAAAGAUUUAUACGUCUAAUAACUUGCUUGUUUUAGAUCCUGUAUUGUCUCCACUAAUAAAUUUCUUGACUACAUUCACCAAAUUAAAAGAGCAUGGCAAAUUUCAGAACAUAUUAUGGUUGAAUAAUGAAUUAUUGGAAGUUUCAUCCGGGGUCUUGACAAAGUACGCCAGUUUGAUUGUUGUGAUACCGACUGGUUCAAUCGGGAACAUUAGUAUCUUGCAUAAACUAAUACACUCAAAACUGGAUUUGCAUAAUUUGAAGCUUAAUAUUGUUGUUAAAGACUUGGGGAAACCAUUCAUAUAUCAUAUAAACAAACUUUUUAAUGGGAUUGUCAGUUUUGAAAAUAUCUUGGUUCCUGAGAUCAAUACAAAGCCGGUUAAUAUUACAUCGAAGAUUAAGCUUUUCAACUGGGCAACAUAUCCUAUUUAUGCUGAUGGAAUAUUGACUACAGAGAUUAAUAAAUUUGCUGGAUUUGAUGACUAUUUUGAAAGGCCACUUAAGCAAGUAAACCAAUUAGAAAAUGCUUUGAUUAAAUUGUUGUUUAUGGGUAUCACUGAUGAAAAGCAUGAUCAUCUUUUUAAGAUACGUAAUAUCUAUGGUAAAGGAUCUCAUGCAAAGUUGCUCAUUGAUCAAUUACAAAAUUCGAAAAUUCCAGAAUUCUUGAAUGAAAAUAUGACUAAGUUGGAAAUUGAUUUUUACUUGGAUACCCUUCACAGUAAUACAGAUUUGGUUUGUUUUGGAAAGAAAUCUCGAUUUUACACCAUGUGUGUUUAA